AUGCUCGCAGGCGUGACUGUCGGUGUCUAUGGCUGCACCGGAUGGGGAGGCGCCGGCUUCCUCUACGGGUGGAUGAAGGGGUUGAGAGAGAACCAGCAUCUCGCCGGAAAGUACGGCAAGGAUAGCGUUUACAGAGGCGUCGUCGCCGUGUUCCGAGUCCCGGCGAACUUCGUGCCGGCGUCACUGCAAGGAGCGAGCUGGGCUGCGAGCAUUGGAGGAGUGGCUGCGUCCUUUGGGUUCCUCCAGCUGUUCCUCGAGCUGGAGCGCAUCAAGGUUAUCUCGGCCAUCCGUAAGGGCAACAAAGGGGAGGACAAGCUGAGCGUCGCAGGGAUGCUCGCGCGCUCGGUCGAUCCCGCCAUGCUCUGCUCGCCCUACAGUCAAGUGUUCCCUGCCACGGCCUCUGGGCUGAUCGUCGGGAGCUACUGUGGGUAUGCGAGGCAGCGAGGGCUGCAGGGGAUCGUGCUGGGAUCGCUGCUGGGGGUAGGGAUACCACUGAUCAUCAAGACGUCGGAGGUUUAUUCGAACCUGAAGCUCAAGGAGCUGGUGAGCGUCUCCUGA